AUGCGGUUCUUUUUUAAACUUUCCAAUAAUGCAAUGAAGACCGACAUGAGAAUCGUCUAUGCCAUAUUCUGUUAUCUAAAAGGGAUUUCUCUGUUUGACAGGUACUUGAAGUCUCUAACGCCCAACGCCUUUCACACUCGACAAAUCUUUGAAAAGACCAGCCAACGAAAUACUUACCCACCCCGAACCUCACCUGCCAUUUCACCCGUCAUUCAUUUCAUAAUCUUCCCUGUUUUUUGGUUUUUUUUGUUUCGUUUUUUAUUUCAUUUGAUUUUUUUUCUUCUUCUUUUUCACUGCUCUCUGUCUUAUCUAACAUUGGCCAUCUUUGUAUUUCUCCUCCUGGUCGACUCUCUUUGUUCAGACCGGCUUUUUGGCAAAGAUCAGUCGUUUUUCGUCUUCGGGCGAGACAGAGCACCAAUUAAUUAUCUACUUUUUAUUUACUUCUAUUCGCUCCAUUCUGUUUUUAUCUAUCUAUCUAUCUAUCUAUCUAUCUAUCUAUCUAUCUAUCUAUCUAUCUAUGUCAACCUCAUCCUAUCUGUCAGUCUAAUCUUAUCUAUCUAUCUAUCUAUCUAUCUAUCUAUCUAUCUAUCUAUCUAUCUAUCUAAUCUGAUCCUAUCUAUCUAUCUAUCUAUCUAUCUAUCUAUCUAUCUCGGUCUCUUCAUGAUCUAUCUAUCUAUCUUGUCUGAUCCUAUCUAUCUAUCUAUCUAUCUAUCUAUCUAUCUAUCUAUCUAUGUCAAUCUUAUCCUAUCUAUCUAUGUCAGUCUGAUCCUAUCUAUCUAUCUAUCUAUCUAUCUAUCUAUCUAUCUAUCUAUGUCAUCUGAUCCUAUCUAUCUAUCUAUCUAUCUAUCUAUCUAUCUAUCUAUCUAUCUAUCUAUCUAUGUCAAUCUUAUCCUAUCUAUCUAUGUCAGUCUGAUCCUAUCUAUCUAUCUAUCUAUCUAUCUAUCUAUCUAUCUAUGUCAAUCUUAUCCUAUCUAUCUAUGUCAGUCUGAUCCUAUCUAUCUAUCUAUCUAUCUAUCUAUCUAUCUAUGUCAAUCUUAUCCUAUCUAUCUAUGUCAGUCUGAUCCUAUCUAUCUAUUUAUCUAUCUAUCUAAUCACCCUUGUAUUUUCUCUCUCUCUCUCUCUCUCUCCUUUCUAGUCCUUCCUUCUAUCGUCCUAUAUGACUUCCUCUCUCUCUCUUUCUCUCUCUAUCUCUCUCUUUCUCUCUCUGCAAUAUCGUGGCGUGAAUGUCACAUUCUGCCGUUACAUAAAACGGUUCUUCUUCUUCUUCUUCUUCUUCUUCAUUCAUUCAAGCUUCUUCUUUUCUUUCAUUCAAGCUUCUUCUUCUUUCAUUGUAGCUUUUCUUCUUUUAUUCUAGCUUCUUCUUUUCUUUCAUUCAAACUUUUUUUUUCUUUCAUUCUAGCUUCUCCAUCUUCUUUCAUUCAAGCUUCUUCUUCUUUCAUUCUUUUCUUCUUUCAUUCAAGCUUCUUCUUUUUUCUUUCAUUCAUUUUCUUCUUUCAUUCUAGCUUUUCUUCUUUCAUUCAAGCUUCUUCUUUUUCUUUCAUUCUAGCUUCUUCUUCUUUUCUUUCAUUCAAGCUUUUCUUCUUUCAUUCAAGCUUCUUCUUUUCUUUCAUUCAAGCUUCUUCUUCUUUCAUUCUAGCUUCUUCUUUUCUUUCAUUCAAGCUUCUUCUUCUUUUCUUUCAUUCAAACUUCUUCUUUCAUUCUAAGCUUCUUUUCUUUCAUUCAAGCUUCUUUUUUUUUCUUUCUUUCAUUCAAGCUUCUUUUUUCUUUCAUUCAAGCUUCUUUUUUCUUUCAAGCUUCUUCUUUUCUUUCAUUCAAGCUUCUUCUUUUCUUUCAUUCUUCUUCUUUUCUUUCAUUUUUCUUCUUUUUUUUCUUUCAUUUCUUUCUUCUUUUCAUUCUAGCUUUUUUUCUUUCAUUCAAAGCUUCUUCUUCUUUUCUUUCAUUCAAGCUUCUUUCUUCUUUCAUUCUAGCUUCUUCUUCUUUCAUUCAAGCUUCUUCUUCUUUCAUUUAGCUUUUCUUCUUUCAUUCAAGCUUCUUUUUUCUUUCAUUCAAGCUUCUUCUUUUCUUUUCAAGCUUUUUUCUUUCAUUCUUCUUCUUUUCUUUCAUUCCAGCUUCUUUUUUCUUUCAUUCAAGCUUCUUUUCUUUCAUUCUACUUCUUUUUCUUCAUUCUUUUCUUUCUUUCAUUCAAGCUUCUUCUUCUUUCAUUCUAGCUUUUCUUUUUCUUCUUUUUUUAUUCAAGCUUCUUCUUUCUUUCAUUCAUUCUUUCAUUCAAGCUUUUUUUCUUUCAUUCAUUCUUUCAUUCUUUUCUUCUUUUUCUUUCAUUCAGCUUCUUUCUUUUCUUUUCUUCUUUCAUUCAAGCUUCUUUUCUUCUUUCAUUCUUUUCUUUCUUUUUUCUUUCAUUUAAGCUUCUUUUCUUCUUUCAUUCAAGCUUCUUCUUUUCUUUUUCUUUCAAGCUUCUUCUUCUUUCAUUCUAGCUUCUUCUUCUUCUUCUUUCAUUCAAACUUCUUCUUUUCUUUCAUUCAGCUUCUUUCUUUCAUUCAUUCUUUUUUCUUUCAUUCAAGCUUCUUCUUCUUUCAUUCUAGCUUUUCUUCUUUCAUUCAAGCUUCUUCUUUCUUUUUUCAUUCAAGCUUCUUUUUUUCUUUUUUUUUUCUUCCUUCUUCAAGCUUUUCUUUUCUUCAUUCAAGCUUCUUUUUUUCUUUCAUUCUAGCUUUCUUCUUUUUUUCCUUCUUUUCUUUCAUUUUCUUCUUCUUUUUCUUUCAUUCAAGCUUCUUCUUCUUUUUUCAUUCAAGCUUCUUCUUUUUUCUUUCAUUUUUCUUUUUUCUUUCUUUCUUCUUUUCUUUCUUUCAUUCAAGCUUCUUCUUUUCUUUCAUUCAAGCUUUUCUUCUUAUUUCAUUUAUUGUCUUUUCUUUUUCAUUCAAGCUUCUAAAUCAUUUCUUUCUGCUUUUUUUUCUUUCAUUCAAUUCUGUUUUUCUUUCCUGCUGCUUUUUUUCUUUCUCAAUUUCUUUCUUUGAUUUCACUUCUUCUUUUUUUCAAGCUUUUUUUCUUUUUCUUUUUUUCUUGUAUUGCCAAUUGUUUUCUUUCAUUGUGGAAGAAUUCUUCUUUUAUUCAUUUCAUUUCUUCUUCUUUUUCUUUCUUUAA